AACGUGAACUAUUUGCUUCAAUUUUGCAAUUUGUUAGGAGAGAGAUUUCUGUCUAAAUGGUAUACAAUUAUCCCGACUUAUAACGAUGUGGGUAACGGUAGCCAUUGUUGUGGUACUGAUCGCUCUGAUUUGGAGAUAUACUGGACGACCCAAAGGAUUGCCUCCAGGGCCGACAUGUUACCCCAUCAUUGGGAAUGUGGGACUCUUCAAACCUUCGGAAGCUAUACAAGCCCACAGAAAACUCAGAAAGAAAUAUGGUGAUAUCUAUACGAUAAUGACCUUCCACAAACCGAUGAUUGCAGUUCAUGGUUAUGAAAAUAUUCGAGAAUUACUUGUCAAACAUGGAGACUUAUUUUCAGACCGACCUCUAACGAUAAUGAAUGGAGUUUUCAACAAAGGGAAAGGUUUGAUAUGGUCAUCUGGACCACUAUGGAAAGAGCAGAGAACAUUUGCUCUGACAACAAUGAGAAAAUUUGGAUUCGGAAAACGCUGUCUGCAAAACCAAAUCAUGGAGGAGGUUGAUUGUCUAAUGGAAGAACUAGAAAAAUACGGAAACAAACCAUUUGAUAUUCAAAACACUCUUAAUAUAUCUGUCUCUAAUGUUAUUUGUUCCAUGUUGUUUGGCAAUAGGUUUGAUUAUGAAGAUGCCCGAUUCAAACAUUUAAUCGUUUUGUUGAACAAAUUGUUUGCCACUUCUAGUCCAUCUUCACCUGCGGUAAUUUUUCCUAUUCUUCGUCAUUUACCGAUGUCAAGAGUUGACACGAUGCAAAACGUAUUUGCUGAGAUCGAUGGGUUCGCAAAUGAAGUAAUCGAAGAGCACAGAAAAAAUUUUGACGGAAACAACGUGAAUGAUUUCAUAGAUGCCUUCUUAUUGGAACAAAAAGUGGCAGGAGAAAAUACUUCAUUUACAGAUGAGCAGCUCAAAAUCAGCGUAAGAGAAUUCUUUGGGGCGGGAACUGAAACCACAUCUACAACACUAAGAUGGGCACUCCUCUUCUUAAUUCAUUUUCCGGAUUGGCAGAAGAAACUACGAGAUGAUAUUGAUGCCGUAAUCGGACAAAGUCAACCAAAGAUGGAACACAAAGAACAACUACCACUGGUUGAAGCAUUCAUUUUGGAAGUACAACGCCAUGCAAAUAUUUUUCCCCUUACACCGCAUGCUCCAAAGGAAGACUUCACUUAUAAAGGAUACUACCUUCCAAAGGGUACUUUCGUAUUCUUUGCAUUGGAUUCUGUUUUGACUGAUCCAGAUAUCUUUCCAGAGCCUUCCAAAUUUAAACCAGAGCGAUUUUUGGACAACGAAGGAAAAUGUAACGGGGAACAGAAAGAAAAGCUUAUUCCUUUUUCAACAGGACGAAGAGUGUGUUUAGGAGAAUCGCUCGCCAAAAUGGAACUCUUUCUAUUCUUGACCAGAUUGCUACAAAAGUUUGAAGUGAAACCAGAGAAUUCCGAAUGCUUGCCCCCAUUGCAGGGCGAUUUGGGGAUAACCAACAUCCUCAAAUCUUUUAACAUGGUAUUGAUAAAACGUUAAACUUACGAGGAAAAAACACAACCCAUAUACUAUAAGUAUCCACAACAAUAUUCUAAUGUGUGAUAUAAAUUCGGAUGUGUUCUACUAGAAAACUGUAAAUGGGACUUGUCGUAAGGAAUUUAUGUUAAUGUAUAUAUGUCUUAUUUUUGUUGCAUAAACAAUGGUUGGUUUACAAAUAUAUUUGGUUAGCGAAUAUUAUACACUUCCACAGUUUUAAAACCACUUCAAAUAUUAUGAUAAUAAAUACUAAAAAUUGUGUAACUUUGUUACUCGAAAAGAGUAAUGUUCGAUUGAUUAUUCUGAUAGCAUAUUAUCCGCUGUUUACUUCUGUAAAAAAGUUAGCUUGUAGAAUCAGAUUUGUCACUUUAUAUUUUUAUUGUUUUUGAAAUUGUUAUUUUGAAACCUACUUGUACUAGUCUUUUCUAUUUAAAGAAGCAAUAUAAUUUUUGUGACCCAGGCAUCGCAUUAGAAAUAUGAGAGGUGGCUUUUUGUAAAAAAGUGGAAUAAUAUUUCCCUUUGGACUUUUGAUUUUUGUACACUCUUCGUUAUCACCACAAGUCAUUUAAAACCUUGAUGUACAUGAA